GAAUGUUUUAAUAUUAGUGUCAAUCGAGUUUUUAUAAUGAUCGCACAUAGGAACUGCAUUUUUUCUGUUUAAAAGUGAAUUUAUAAACAUUGUUUAGCGUAAUUACAAUAACCUCUAAAAAUUAUCGUGCACCAGGAUGCCGGAGGCACAGUUUUAUAAUAUUUUAUCACAAUUAAAUUCAUAACACUGUCGUAAAAUUUAUAACAGUUUUUUUUUUAAUAUUUUGCUUGUUAAUAUUUAUUUAAAAAAAUUCGUGAUGGGAAAUAUGAAAUCGAAAAAGUCUAAAAAGGAACCGGAGAAUCUGUUUGAAAGGGAGCGAUGGAACGAGCAUUUGCGAGAGCACAAAAUAAAAGUGAAGUCCAAUCCUGGAAACAGAAGGCCGGGUGUAAUAGAGCAACCAGUGGUACCAUCAGGGAUGGCCCCAUCUCAGUUGGCGGCGCCUCCCAUCCCGCCGCCGGCGCAUAUCAGGUCCUACGAUGACGAAGCUCUGGAUAACAUGCGUCGUCAGCUGCGUUAUGACAUUAAUGCAUUUCUACUUAACAAUAUCUUACUCUCGGUGCAGUUCUUCGACAAUUACGAAAGAGAACUUGAUCAUUUGCAUACUAAUACCGUGGAUCGGGAGCAUAUGAUCAAUGAGGCUAUGGUUCAACACCAUAAACACGUGUUCUUUGCGGAUCGGUUACAAGAAUGUCUCCACGAAUUUGUGCGCUACCAAGGGAAACAAGGGCAGAAUGAACCACUUUUACCACAUCGACUUUUCGUGAUUUAUGAUAAUAUAGAAGCCAGUGAGCCUGGUGAUACCUCAGAUUACAGUGCAGUUCUUGAUGCACCAUUUUAUAAGUUAUGCAUGCAAGACACCAAAGAACCAGGAUUCGUUAAACUAAAGAAAUUAGAGGUUUUAGGAAGUACUUAUACGAAAGAAACUGAGAAGAACACGGAAAAUACAAUAGAUUCUGAUGACACUGUCUAUACAGAUUCAGAGAGAGAGUCAAAUGCAUCAGAUGAUUUUCCGCCUUCAUUAAAAGGAGAAGAGCUGUUAGAAAGUAUUAGAAACAGGUUAAAUGAGAACUCCACAGAGAUAAAUUUAAUAUUGAAUAACGCAAAUGUUAGUACACGUAUGAUAAAUGUAUCAGACAGGCGAUUCAGUGGUCCUAUAAAAAAAGUUAGUUUGCAAGUUCAAAAGAGUAAUAUUUCAAAUGUUAAGAAUUUUCGUAAAGUAAAUACUACAAUAGGAGAAGAUAUCAAUAAUAGGAAUCAGAACCGUUCUAAGACAGAUACAAAAGAAACAUUUUACGAAGGUGAAAAAUCCAAGAAGCCUCUAUUAAAAAAUAAUACAAGGGGACUAAGUGGCCCGACAAAGGACGAACAAUCCAAAUUACCGCAUAUUGAUAAUAUAUCUGAAGAUACUGAAACAUCUGGUUAUAGAUCUACUUCUAAUAGUAGCCGUCUUAAUGAAUUAAGCGAAACAGAGUCUGACUAUGGAUAUUCGACUAUUACGGAAUCAAGUACACCAAAAAGAAUUGAACUUAGUGUACGAACAAAUUCUUCAUUAAUAUCAGGUACUUUGCCCGAAGAUGCUUGGAUCUCAAUAUAUACACGAGCUGAUCAUUGGAGCGAAGAAGAAGAAGAAGAAAAUAUUGAAAACUUAGAGUCUAGAAUUUCUGAAGCGCAUUUGUAUGAGACUCAUUACUAUUUAAAUUCUGUGAGAUUUAUGAGAAAUUUUGUUGAUAUUUUUAUUACAGAUUUGGGUAUUAGCUUAGGUUUGUCACAAGAGGUUGUGAAAAAUGCCUUAACCCAAGGUGCGAGUAUCUAUUGUGAUACAGUAUUAAAUGGAAAAGAUAUACGCUUUGAAGUAUACCCUGCUCUUAUAGCAGCUUGGCCAAACGCAGCUAAUCAAUGGGUAAUUCGAGAAAGAAAAAUAAUUCAAAAUCCUAGGACCAAUUUAAGUUAUCAAUGGCCUACUAAGCAAAUGGUUCAUAAAACUAUUGAUUUUGGCUGUUUUCUUGUACCUAUUGGAUACAGACCAAAAAGGGGACUAAAUCCUGACCAGCAGUUGCAGUGGAAAUUGAUAUUUCCUGCAGCAGAACGUUUUUUGGAAAAAUGUUUAGCCCAUAGUCAUAUUCGGUGUUACUUAUUUGCGCUGGUUUUAUAUAGAACAUUUUUGGAAGUCGAAACAUCAAAAGUAGGAAUAGAUGCAAGUCACAUCAAGAAUCAUCUAUUCUGGCAAUGUGAAGAUAACUUUGCAAAAUGGCCCGAAGAUCGUCCAGGAGAAUCGUUGCGAUUAUUUUUAGAAACGUUCUAUGUGCACAUGUGUCAAAAGAGAUUACCUAAUUAUUUUAUGAACAAUUGUAAUGAAUUCAAAAGUAUUCCCAGGCCAUUAUUAAUGAGGCUUCAAAGAAUUUUAAAAAAUAUUUUAGAAAGCCCAGUACCGUACGUUUUAUGUGCAAUCGACAAACUAAAAUAUGUUAAGACAGAAUUUUACCCUAAAUUAAAUUGCCAUAGACUUUAUGCAAUUUUAACUUCCAAAAAUCCAUUGCGUGUAAUUAAUCCAUCAAUUACCACCACUGUUCCAUUGACUUCUAAAGACGUUUCUGACAGUGAUGAUGAAAAUGAACAAAAUGUACAGGAAAAUGCCAAAGCACAGGAUAAGCCAUAUAGAUGGAAGAAAGAAAAACUUAGACGACUUGAAGAACGUAAAAAAGUGUUAUAUAAUAAACACAAGACUGCUACCAAACAGAGAAGGGAAAUAAAUCCUAAUGUUAUAUUACCGGCAAAAAUGGAAAUGGAGCGACGACGUUUAGUACUCGAAUUUUUCAUACCUCACUUUAUUGCUAUGUCAAGAUCAAGUGAAAAAUUUGAAGCAAUAGGUCAGGCUAUAAUAUACUUGGAACAAGCUCAAAGACUUUGUUUGCUUUUAUUAGAGGAACCUGGAGGUGAUAUAACAGCUAAUGAAUACAUGGAUGUUAUUCGUGACAAACUAGCGGAUUGCCAGCGAAAAUUAGCAAAUCAAGUAGGCUAUAAAUUAUCAAUGAGAAGAGAAAGCAACGCAGAUCGUCCGCUGCCAAAAGCCAUCAAGAAACGCAGGCCAAAGUUUGACAAUAUUAAUGGUAACAAUUCCCCUACUGAGACACCUGGAAUCACACCAUUUUCAUUUAUUCAUGCGGCAGAUAUUCAUGUUGAUCAUAAAUCCUGUACUCAUGUACAGCUUACAGAUAUGGUAAUUGAAGAGGAAUCUAGGUUAUGAGAAUGUCUCAAGACAUAUUAGAUUGAAAAAUAUAAACCCAUGUAUCAUUUAUUAAAAUUUGUCCGUAUCUUAGAUUUAUAUUAUACUAAUGUUGUUAAAUUUAUGUUAUACAAGUUGCUAUAUUUUUCAGUCAAAUAACGAAAAUUCCAAAUACAAGGCAAGCAUUUUAGAAUAAUUUUCAAAAAUGUAUUUCCACGUAACUAGGUAUGUUUAUGACUACUUUGGGAUCACGGAGGCAACAAAUGCUCAUUUUUGCAUAAAUAGAUAGAUAAGUAAAUAAAUAUUGCCCUCUAUAUUAUUUAUAUUGUUAUAUUACCAUAAUAACAGUUAUGAUAUAAUUGAUAUUAUUCUAGUUGACCAAUGACUGGAUAAUUUUCAGUACUGCAUGUAUAAAUUUAUUUAAACUAACAAUUUUUUAAAUUACCGCUAAGUAAAAUUUUGAAUAAUGCUGAUUGUUAUAGGUAGGAAAUAAGCAUGAAAUCAUGAAUGACAUAAAAUACCCCA